GUGGGGGGCGGUGGUGACGGGGUGAAAAUGGCGGAUCUUUCGAAAUACGGCGGCGGCCGCUGACGGAGCCCGGCGGCUCCCGGCCGCCCCCGCGCCGCCCGCCGAUGAGUACCUGCUCUGGUCAUCACUGCCACAACUGCUAAAAUGGAAGUGGUUUCAGCAGAAGUCAACAGCUUGCUCCCUGAGGAAAUAAUGGACACUGGUAUAACUCUGGUGGAAGACGACAGCAUUGAGGCAGUUAUUGUGUCGUCGCCAAUGGGAGAUUCUAUUCCCAUGGAAACAGAACUGGAAGAAAUAGUGAACAUAAGUUCCACCAGCGACUCCUCAGCUACGACUACAGCUGCAGUCACCACAGAAUCGGUUACUGCACCCAGCAAUCACUCAGGCGACACGACAGUGAACACCACAACCCCAAAAACUGAUGUGAAUGCAGUAGUAAAGCCUACCUUUCCAAGUGGCCUCCAUAAAAUUGGUGCUCAGACCCCCGUCACUAUAUCAGCCAAUCAAAUUAUUCUGAACAAGACCGCUGAUAUUAAAAUAGGCAAUCAGAGUAUUAAACCAGAUGGGCAAAAGCUAAUUGUAACAACUUUGGGCAAGUCUGGCCAACCUAUUGUUUUAGCAUUACCCCAUGGCCAGCUCCCGCAGGCACAAAAGGCCACAUCCCAAGCCCAAGGUGGAGACUCCAAGGUACAAGGCCAGCAGAUCAAAGUUGUUAUUGGAGGUCGGUCAGAAGUGAAACCUGUUGUUGGUGUCUCAGCUUUGACCCAAGGAAGUCAGCUGAUAAACACUGCAGCCCAGUCUUCUGUUUUGCAGACCCAGCAAUUAAAAACAGUACAGAUUGCAAAGAAGACCCGAACCCCAACUUCUGGCCCAGUGAUCACCAAGCUGAUUUUUGCAAAACCAAUCAAUAGCAAAGCUGUUACAGGGCAGACUACUCAAGUGUCACCAGUCAUUGCAGGUAGGGUUCUUUCACAGUCUGCUCCAGGAACACCACCAAAGACAAUAACGAUCUCUGAGAGUGGAGUCAUUGGAUCAUCUUUGAGUACAACAACACAACAGACACCGAAUAAAAUAGCUAUCUCACCACUCAAAUCCCCUAAUAAGCUAACAGUGGUGUCAGUGGCCUCCCAGCCUCCCAACUCCCCCCAGAAGACGGUGGGCGUCCCACUGAAUGUAGCGUUAGGACAGCAGAUCCUCACAGUGCAGCAGUCAGCACCCUCCUCCCCUGGGAAGGCUAUAGUCAACCACACAACCGCCCAGGCUGUGAAAUCAGCAGUGCAGACCAUUACUGUAGGAGGAGUGGGUACAUCUCAAUUUAAGACAAUUAUUCCCUUGGCAACUGCACCCAAUGUUCAGCAGAUUCAGGUACCUGGAAGCAAGUUCCAUUAUGUCAGACUCGUUACUGCCACAACAGCAAAUAGUUCAACGCAAUCGGCCAGUCAAAAUCCCAGUACGAAUACACAGCCUCUUCAACAGGCAAAGCCAGUGGUGGUGAACGCGACCCCAGUGCGGAUGUCUGUUCCCAUAGUGCCAGCACAGACUGUGAAACAGGUGGUGCCCAAACCGAUCAACCCAACUUCCCAGAUAGUUACUACUAGUCAGCCCCAACAACGACUUAUUAUGCCAGCCACUCCACUGCCACAGAUACAGCCCAACCUCACUAACCUCCCACCAGGCACUGUACUGGCACCAGCACCUGGCACAGGAAACGUCGGGUAUGCAGUCCUUCCAGCUCAGUAUGUCACACAGCUACAACAAUCAUCAUACGUAUCUAUAGCAAGCAACACUGGCUUUACAGGGACAUCUAGUAUCCAGUCCCAAGCACGGCUACCAUUCAAUGGAAUAAUUCCUUCUGAAUCUGCAAACCGCCCCAGGAAGCCUUGCAAUUGUACUAAGUCUCUAUGUUUGAAAUUGUAUUGUGAUUGUUUUGCAAACGGCGAAUUCUGCAAUAACUGCAACUGUACAAAUUGUUAUAACAACCUGGACCAUGAAAAUGAUAGGCAAAAAGCAAUAAAGGCCUGCCUUGACAGAAACCCUGAAGCCUUCAAGCCCAAAAUAGGGAAAGGAAAGGAAGGAGAAUCAGAUCGGAGACACAGCAAAGGGUGUAACUGUAAACGCUCGGGAUGUCUCAAAAACUACUGCGAAUGUUAUGAGGCAAAAAUCAUGUGUUCUUCCAUAUGCAAAUGCAUUGGCUGUAAAAAUUUUGAAGAAAGCCCAGAGCGAAAGACAUUGAUGCAUUUAGCAGAUGCUGCAGAAGUUAGGGUCCAGCAGCAGACCGCUGCAAAGACCAAGUUAUCUUCCCAGAUCUCAGAUCUGCUGACAAGGCCAACACCAGCACUCAGCAGUGGUGGCGGGAAGCUGCCCUUUACGUUUGUAACCAAGGAGGUAGCUGAUGCAACCUGCGAAUGCCUUCUUGCCCAGGCAGAGCAAGCGGAGAAGAUGGGCAAGUCAAAAGCUGCAGCAGAGCGCAUGAUCCUGGAGGAGUUUGGACGCUGUUUGAUGAGAGUUAUUAACUCUGCAGGGAAGUCCAAAAGUGACACUUGUGCCAUGAACUGCUGACUCAUGCACAUGAGCCACAACGAAGCGGACUGAACAGAACACUUAAGGCACAGGGACACUUUGGUUCGGCAUAGAGGAUUUAAUAAUAUUUGUUAAUUUGGUGCUUGUUGUAAAUUGACCUGUGUAAGAUUGAAACAAGAAAAUCUUUUAUAACAAGAUGUAGAGCCUUUUAAAUCUUAGCUAAAUCCUAUUCUACUUAAGACAAUGCCUAAAGGCCAAUUCUUCUUCCCUAUGUACAGCUUUUACCUUGGGUUUCUUUAAAAAUUAGAUGUAUUCUCCCCUUUCCCCCAGAAUAAUUGCCUGAAGGGCAUAUAUAAAUUAUUAUAAUAUAUAUUAUUUACAGUGUAUGGAGUUGCAUCACUUUGUGCAUACAGGAAAACACAGGUGAUGUCAACAGCCAGGUAAUGCUUUGGGUGACAGGCCUGGAAUAAGGAGGUAUCAGUGUAUCCAAAAUAGUUCUGAAAGGAAGCGUGUAAAAAUAAGCAUCUAAGUGGAAGGUAGUACCUGUAUUUAGGACCUGACACAGCAUGUUCCCUUAGUGCAUUGAGCACUGUGAAAUACCCAGGCAAUAAUACAGAGGGGUUCCUUGCAGAUCUAGCAUUGGGCAAGUGGUGGAGAAUCUCACUGGAGCGAGGCCCAAUGAGCUUAGAGGCAAAUGGAAUUAAUGGGAAUUUUUUGAUAGGAAUGUGGCUGAGAGCUCAGAUGUUUCUUAAGCUGGAACUUGAAGGCUAAGACAGUGGCCUGUUCUCAGAAGUGAGGAAGGGCAGCCAUGCCACAAUGCUGGACUGUCUGCCCAGUGUACAGUGUUACCUAAGUGUGCAGCAGAUGGAUGUUGUUGCUUAGGUGAAGCUUGGUUUUUCAGAGGUCUGCAGCAGCCUCAUCUGUCACUGGAGGUAGGACUGUGCAGUCCAUUGUGUUUUCUAGGAUUGAGCUGUAACCCUGGAAAAUUGUUUAAGUCUGAGAAGCUGAGAUCAUGGGGGACAGUGGAACCACAGUUGUCUUAAUGAGGACUCGAGACAAUCUGCUUCUGAAUCGACUUGCAAACUCAGGUAGGGAUCAUGUUCAGCCUGGCUGUGGGUCUUCAGGAUGCUGCUUCUCUGUAUGUUGGCAAUUUACUUGGCGUAAGGUUUUUUUAGUGUUGUUUAGAAUGACUGAGAGAGCUGUGAUCAGAGAGGAUGCUAGCACAGAAUCAGGAUUGCUACCAAAACAGAUGCACGGAUCCUUUUACACAAAGGGGCGCAGGGGGAAUCAGCUAUAGCUGUGUAUAGACUAGGGCAGGGGAUUUUUUUUUCAGUAUUUGUUAUAGGCAAUCUCAGAUCACAUUUCUGAUAGUGGAACACAUUUGCAAAAUUAACCUGGUAGGUUACUUACCUACCAUGAACAUCAAUAACCGUGUUUCAUCACAGGCAUUUUUAUUACCUAUCUCACUGCACCCUGAAGUAGCUAGAUUUUUCCAAAAGGGAUUUUGUAUUCCUCACGUAAAGCUGUAAAUACAUGCAGCAGAGCUCUUCCUCCAGGUUUUCUAGCAUGGCCAGGCUGGUGAAAGGUAGGGGCUAGGCAAACCAGCAGCAGAGCUAAGUGCCUACACGUGUGAUGGCAGUAUGAUGGGAGGAUGCUUCCACUCCUGUCUUCACCCCACGGUCCUGUGCACUGAGCAGAAGGCCCUUUCUCCUUGACCCUUCUCUGUUUUCUCCUUGAAAUACCUCGGGGGCACAAAGGGCCUGGGAGGUGGCCAGCAGCAGUGGUGGGCCUGUUGAGUGGCCAUUUCAGACAAGGUUUGACCUGCUAGUCACCAUCUGAAGGGCUGCUCCGUCUGCUAUUAAUAUCUCCCUGAGCAUAAAUAGCAAGUAUGUUUGUGCAAAUCUCUGAAAAGGGAAUCCACCUCUUGUGUAAGUAAAUGCCAUUUUUUUCAUAAUUAGGGCUUGGGUUUACUAAAAAAUCAGUGCAGUAACUUUACAUGUAGAUAGUGCGGAUAUUCAGUUUACUUCUAGUGACCUAAUACAGUAUGUCCAGUAAGAUUUGUAUAAAUGUAAAUUAGUGUAAGUGAAUAAAGUAAUACCUACUUAUGUUAUUUUUCAAACAGAUUGCAAUAUGCCUUCUUUUGUUUAGACUUCAAUCCAUGUUAAUUUUGUAUAUAUUCCAUGUCUUACUCUAAAUUGCACCUUUUGUGAUGUGUAUUUAUAUACAGUGUGCAAAAACACUUGUGAAAUUUAGAUUACAGUUGUAAUUAUGUAUGAUGGCAUUGCUUGAGAAUAUUUUGCUUGUAAAGACUUUGAAGGUGCAAUCAAAUGCUCUUAGUUCUUCUAUUUUGUUUUGAACAAGCUUUCUCAAGUAUUAAGCUUGGAUUCCUCUCUCCACUUUCCCUGGUGUAGAAUGUGUGAAUUGGUUUUUGUACUUCCUUAGCCAUUUGCAUCAAACUGCUGGACAAGAUUUACAGUCAAGUUCAUCCAGUUACAUGAAAAUAAUUGGGAAUGGGGCAAGGGUUCAUUUUCUAGUUCUGUUUACAUCUGAAAGUAGAAAAAUUAAAUUUAUAUUUACUAGACCUAUUCAAAGGAUACAGUUUUCUAUAUUGUACAAAUAAAACAGUCAGAUAAAUCACAAAGAAAAAUAAACAUUUAUACUAUUCUGUAAA